UUUGAGACGGAGUCUUGCUGUCGCCCAGGCUGGAGUGCAGUGGUGCCAUCUCGGCUCACUGCAGGCUCCGCGCCCCAGGGUUCAUGCCAUUCUCCUGCCUCAGCCUCCCGCAUAGCUGGCACUACAGGCGCCCGCCACCUCGCCCGGCUAAUUUUUUGUAUUUUUAGUAAAGAUGGGGUUUCACCGUGUUAGCCAGGAUGGUCUCGAUAUCUUGACCUCGUGAUCUGCCCGCCUCGGCCUCCCAAAGUGCUGGGAUUACAGGCUUGGCCACUGCGCCCGGCCUAUGUGAUAUAUGAUUAUAUCAGUAAAGCUGGUUUUUUUUUUAAAAAAGGAAAAUAAUUAAGUUGAAAACUUAAGAACUUCUAAACAGCCUACUUAAGAUAAUUAGAAUGGAGUUAUUUCAGUAUUAAAUUGUGUAAAAUUUAACUAUUUAAUGUACUCUCAGACAAAAUUAUUUAAUUAUUUUAAAACUUUCUCUUUGACCCACAUUCUUAAAUGGCUGCAGGAAACCCAAGGACCAAGUGUAAGUAUAUAUCACCUUCGUUUUUGCAGUCUUUUUACCCAGUAUCCAGCAGUAUUAAAAUUUUGGUUGCCUUCAGUUAACCAUUUCUAAAUUAAAUACCUAAAUAUUAUGGGGGGGGAGUUCUGUUGUAAAACUGUAGUAUGAAUACUGACUUUAAUUUUUAUUUUUAAGAUUUUUGCAUUUUAAUGUCUGUUAAGGAAAUACAAUAAAAAAUUUUAACAGGUAGACUUAAUGUAUAGUUUAGUUGUGAAACUGUAAAUAAAGAAAUGAUAAAACCCUUUCUUUUUUUUUUUUUUUUUUGAGAUGGAGUCAUUCUGUCGCCCAGGCUGGAGUGCACUGGUGCAAUCUCAGCUCAGUGGAACCUCUGCCUCCUGGGUUCAAGUGAUUCUCCUGCCUCAGCCUCCCAAGUAGCUGGAAUUACAGGCAUGCACCACCACACCUGGCUAAUUUUUGUAUGUUUAGUAGAGAUGGGCUUUCACCAUGUUGGUCAGGCUGGUCUCGAACUCCUGACCUCAAGUGAUCCACCUACCUUGGCCUCCCAAAGUGCUGGGAUUAUAGGCGUGAGCCACCGUGCCCAGCCUACCUUUUCCUUUUUAAGAAGGUCCAGCUUAAAAAAUGUGUCUGACCUUUUUGUGAUGGGAGGAGCUCUUGUUUUAGAAUCUGCAGCUCUCUUGCACUGGCUAGAGAGGGAAGGUUACGGCCCUUUAGGAAUGACUGGAAUAUCCAUGGGAGGACACAUGGCUUCCUUAGCGGUAUCCAACUGGCCUAAGCCCAUGCCAUUGAUUCCAUGCCUGUCUUGGUCCACAGCAUCUGGGGUCUUCACUACGACAGAUUCUUUCAAAAUGGGACAAGAGUUUGUGAAACACUUCAGUAGCAGUGCAGACAAGCUAACUAACCUUAAUCUGGUUUCCAGAACUUUAAAUUUAGACAUAUCAAACCAAGUAGUAUCCCAAAAACCUGCUGACUGCCAUAAUUCUAGUAAAACAUCUGUCAGUGCGACAUCAGAAGGACUCUUAUUGCAAGAUACCUCUAAGAUGAAGUGCUUCAAUCAAACACUUUCAACCAACAAAAGUAGUUAUACAAGUCGCAACGCUCAGUCAUACCACCUGCUUAGUAAAGAACAAAGAAGAAACAGUCUUCGGAAAGAAUCUUUAAUAUUUAUGAAAGGAGUCAUGGAUGAAUGUACUCACGUAGCAAAUUUCUCAGUCCCAGUUGAUCCAAGCCUCAUUAUAGUGGUUCAAGCCAAAGAAGAUGCCUAUAUUCCACGAACAGGAGUUCGAAGUUUACAAGAAAUUUGGCCUGGUUGUGAAAUCCGAUACUUAGAAGGGGGUCAUAUUAGUGCUUAUCUUUUUAAACAAGGACUCUUCAGACAAGCCAUCUAUGAUGCAUUUGACCGCUUCCUCCAUAAAUACGCUAACUAAUUGGAUUAUUAUAUGUAACCAGUGUGGCCAUGAUGUUUCUUACAAAAGGGAGCUUCAUCCUAUGAUCAUGUGAAGGACAAGCAGACAGCACUAAUAUAUCUAAUCGCUAUCAAUGUAGUCUGGAAUUCAUUGUUACACAUCAGUUAACUAUAAACUUUGAAUACAUUCGAAUAAUUUCAAGAUAAUAUUUGAAGUAGAUAAUGUUAAAGUGUUUUUAUUAUUGUUUAUUGGAAUCCCAUAUAUUCAAUUUUAGUCUGUUGUUACUAUUUAUGAAAAACUAAAUUUUUAAUCAUGAAUAAUUAAAUUAAAUAAAUUUAUUAAUAGAAACUUUUCUGGGUUUUAAUAAAAUUGCUAAAUCAAACCAAGAUUUUAAUAUAUCAGCAUUUACUUUGUACCCUUAUAACAUUUCACUAUUGACUUGAUUUGAGAAACAUGUUUAUUUUUUUAAUGUUCUUGUGUUCAACUAAUUUUCUGCUGUGGAAAUAAAUACUUAUGAUAUAUAAAAUCAGUGUUAACUUUGAAUUCUAAAAUAAUCCUGAUAGCUUCAUAGAUAAGUGCUUUUCUUUUUCUUUUUUUUUUCUUUUAACAUGUACCUCUACUUGAAUGUAAGUGCUUUUAAUAAUCAAAGUGAGUGGCAGGGUGCGGUGGCUCACGCCUGUAAUCCCAGCACUGGGAGGCUGAGGUGGGCAGAUUACCUGAGGUUGGGAGUUCAAGACCAGCCUGACCAAUAUGGAGAAAUCCCCUCUCUACUACAAAUACAAAAAAUUAGCCAAGCAUGGUGGCGAAUGCCUGUAAUCCCAGAUACUCAGGAGGCAGAGGCAGGAGUAUCACUUGAACCCGGGAGGCAGAGGUUGCGGUGAUCCGAGAUCACACCAUUGCACUCCAGCCUGGGCAACAACAGUGAAACUCCGUCUCAAAAUAAUAAUAAUAAUAAUCAAAAUGAAUGUUCUGCAGAUAAAAUGCAUUAGACUUUGCUAGACUAAAACUUUACUAAAGAUUAGGGUUUUAAAAAAAUGCCAGUAGGCCGAGUGCGGUGGCUCACGCCUGUAAUCCCAGCAGUUUGGGAGGCUGAGGUGGGCGGAUCACAAGGUCAGGAGUUUAAGACCAGCCUGGCCAACAUGGUGAAACCCCAUGUCUACUAAAAGUACAAAAAAAUUAGCCGGGCAUUGUGGCGUGUGCCUGUAAUCCCAGCUACUCAGGAGGCUGAGGCAGGAGAAUUGGUUGAACCAAGGAGGAGGAGGUUGCACUGAGCUGAGAUUGCGCCACUGCACUCCAGCCUGGGCAACAGAGCAAAACUCCAUCUCAAAAAAAAAAAAAAAAAAAAAUUAGCCACGCAUGGUGGCAGGCACCUGUAAUCCCAGCUACUCGGGAGGCUGAGGCAGGAGAAUUGCUUGACCCCAGGAGGCAGAAGUUGCAGUGAGCGGAGAUCGCACCACUGCACUCCAGCCUAGGAGACAGAGCAAGACUCUGUCUCAAAACAAAACAAAAUGCCAAGCUUAUUUCUCCCUACUAAAAAGUUUCAAUUCACAAAAAUGGAAACAUUGGAAGACCUGUUGCAUUAACUGAUGGAGUGCAAUGGCAUGAUCUUGGCUCACUGCAACCUCCACCUCCCAGGUUCAAGCGGUUCUCCUGCCUCCACCUGAGUAGCUGAGAUUACAGGUGCCCGCCACCAUGCCUGGCUAAUUUUUGUAUUUUUAAUAGACAUGAGGUUUCACCAUGUUGGCCAGGCUGGUCUCGAAUUCCUGACCUCAAGUGAUAUGCCUGCCUUGGCCUCCCAAAGUGCUGGGAUUAUAGGCGUGAGCCACCACACCCGACCUGAUAUUUUAUUUUUGUUUUUUUAAUUACAUUUUUUUAUGUGCUUAUUCUUUGGAUUGCUAACCAUCUAACUACCCAAAUACUUAACAGCUUUGGCUUUUAAUUUCAAAAUUUAAUAGACACAUAUGUAAUUGAUUUGUCCCAUAUAAUCUUUAUUUUACAGAAAAUAUUUAAAGUUUUAUGUAAUAGCUAUUAACUCUCUUAAAUGGGGUUUAUAUGGCUUGAUUUGGUGCUUUCUUUUUAUGUUAAACUUCUCUAGCUGUCAGCUAAAAUGUUAAAAAAGUGGAAAAUAUUUUAGGGUAUUGUGUGAAGUUUUACAGUAGGUAUAUUUGAGUUUUGUUUGAAAUCUGUGUUGGCCGUGAAUUAUUUUUAAAUAGGGAUUCUUAGUCUACUAGCGAUAUUUGAAUUAUAAUGUGCCUUUGCAGUCUUUUUAAAGGAGAUUUCAUUUGUCACCUCUAAUGCCUCUAUCAUCUUAAUUUUUUACAAAUAUUUAAAAAUUAUUAAUGUGAAGUUAUUGAUGGUAGACAAAGUAGUAACUUCUUUCAAACUACUUUGGCACAACAAGCCAACACUGUACAGCUCUUUGAGCUAUAAGCAAUUUUACAUGUUCAGAUGAGAACCUUUAGUUUUAACCAAAAGUAUAACAUCUACUAAAGUUCUUCCACAAAAUACUAUUUAAAAUAAAACUUGUCAACUGAAUUACGAUUUUCUUAUAUUAUGUAUAUAGUGAGGUUAUAUGAUUGAAUGCUUUUUGAACAAUGGUUUUAGUAAAACCAAUACUUUAUUAUUGUUCACAUAAACAUUUCUUACUAAGCAAUAAUGUACUAUGUUGUGUGAAUUUCUGUUGUUAAAAAAAUGAAAUUUUGAUUUAGUUUUAAUUAAUUCUUAGGCAUAACUAACUUUUCCCAAAUAAAGUGUGAAAUAAAGUAUUUUUAAAAUUUCUUCUCUUAACCAGAUGUUUUAAGAAUAUAUACCUAGGCCGGGUGCAGUGGCUCACACCUGUAAUCCCAGCACUUUGGGAGGCCGAGGUGGGGGGACCACCUGAGGUCAGGAGUUUGAGACUAGCAUGACCAAUAUGGAGAAACCCUGUCUCUAUUAAAAAUACAAAAUUAAAAAAAAAAAAAAAUUAGCCAGGCGUGGUGGCACAUGCCUGUAAUCCCAGCUACUCAGGAGGCUGAGCCAGGAGAAUCACUUGAACCUGGGAGACGGAGGUUGCAGUAAGCCGAGAUUGUGCCAUUGCACUCCAGCCUGGGCAACAAGAGUAAAACUCUGUCUCAAAAAAUAUAUAUAUAUCCCUAAAACUACCUCAGUUGAAGAAUUCAAAGUGCAAAAUAACUUUUCUUAGAAUUUUUAAAUCUAUUCCCCCCAAAAUGGUGGCUUAAGUAUUCUCAAAUACAUAAAUAUACACAUAUAUGUAUAUGUAUACGUUAUAUAUAUAUAUACGUAUAUGUAUAUAUAUAUAUACGUAUAUACAUAUAUACACACACAUACAUAUAUAUACACACAUACGUAUAUAUAUAUAUAAAAUCUCAAAGAAGUGCGGUCUGCCAUUUGUCUGCCAUUUUGAAGAUUUAGGUACUACAUAAAAUAUUAGAAAUUAAUUUAGACCAGAGUUGUAAACUGGUAGUUCACAUAGGCCAGUUUGACCCACAGUUAUUUUAUUGGAUGUACAUAAUAUUUCAAAAAUGUUUGAAUUUGAAAAGUCUUUUGAUUGGGUAUGCAUUCCCCAGUUUGCCACAGCCUACUGGACUUCCCUCUUACAUCAGACAACUUCUCUACUUUGUAGUUCCUGCUCAGCCCUGAAGACCUCUAAGUUUGAGACCCCUGAUUUAGAUCUGUAAUUAGAAAAAGCUUCUGAAUUUCAUGAUUUGCUAAUGUAAUUACUAUUAAGUCAUUUUAGCAUGUGCAUUUUAGAUUCCUUCUUUGUAUUUUUGUAAUGUGGUGCUUUCUCUCACAAAGAUAAUUGAAUUGUUAACAGUGUAAUUAAAAUUUUAAAAAUCAUUUCCAAAUCUUUUAUUAUAUUUCACAAUAAAAGUCUAUUUAAAAAGCUAA